UGCCCCGCGGCCCCCUUGUCUUCCGAUCGCUGUGAAUAUGUAUCAGAAUGUUAAUGAUUUGCUGCUGCUAAAUUUGGUCAAAGAAGUCACCCCGCCGGAGCGUGUUGUUAGAGCUGCUCGGAGCGGCGUUGGUGAGGCGGCUGCCGCUGCUGGCUUCGGCGAUCCUGUUCUGGGGCUGCUACUUGCAAGAGUUGGCGAGGCGAGGAGGGAAACAGCAGAGAGCAGCGAACAAGAGCGCGUUUCUUCCCCCUGCCGUGCUGGGAAAAGCGGGAGGGGGGCGGGCGGGCUGGUGAAUGGGAUCGAGGAGAAACAUCACAACAAAAGGUUACUGCACUUGAACCUCUGACAAGCAGCGACUCGGUGCAAGGCGGAGGAAAAGCCAGGAGCAAAACCAACCACAGCUUCCUCCAGCCAGGAGUUUUCCGCUCCCGACAAAGGAAAGGAGGGUGAAUUUUGUUUUUUUUUUUCCUUUCUUUUUUUUUGGCCGGGAUAACAAUUGAGACCCAUAAAAGUUUGCAGCCGGGAGACGCUGCGAGAGGGGUGUUGUGGGGGGCGGGAUUCGGAAGCUGGGGCGAGUGGAGUUUGUCUUCUUCCGUUCCUCCCCGUCUAACGGGGCUGGCUCGGCUCGGCUCGGGGGGGAGGAGAAACCCCCUUGGACCGGUGGGGCGCGAGGAGAGGGACCCGCCGAGCGCUGAGACGCUGGAAGAGGGACCUGCCGGACGCUGGGGGAGCGGGUGAGGAAGCUCCAGGACCCGGGGCUCUUCCGCUCGUCAGAAGGCUGGGACAGGGACCGCCGGAGCUGCCGCGCCGCCCGCGCCCGCUCGCGAGUGACAGCCCCUGUGGAAUGUGGCAGCGGUUCGCUUCGGCCGGGGACAGAGCCGCCGCCGCCGCCGCCGCCGCGCGUCCCUCCUCCCGUGUGUUCGCGCGAGUCCCGCGGGCGGGGGAGUUCGGGGACAGCCGGAGACGCUCCUCCGAGCGCUAGCGCCGGGCAGCCCUUUCCUCCACCACCACCUCCUCCUCCUCCUUUGCAUUGUUGCGAUUAAAACCAAUGAACCAAGCUGCUCUGGCCAAAAGCACCAACUAAAUCGGUUUGGAUGAUUCGCGAUCUGAGCAAGAUGUAUCCUCAAACCAGACACCCGGCACCGCACCAGCCUGCUCAACCCUUUAAAUUCACAAUUUCCGAAUCCUGCGAUCGGAUUAAGGAGGAGUUUCAGUUUUUACAGGCUCAGUACCACAGUUUAAAGCUAGAAUGUGAGAAGCUGGCCAGUGAGAAGACAGAGAUGCAGCGACAUUACGUUAUGUAUUACGAGAUGUCCUAUGGGUUGAAUAUAGAGAUGCAUAAACAGGCAGAAAUUGUCAAGAGGCUGAAUGCUAUAUGUGCACAAGUCAUCCCCUUCUUAUCCCAAGAGCACCAGCAACAAGUGGUGCAGGCUGUGGAACGUGCCAAGCAAGUGACCAUGGCAGAACUGAACGCAAUCAUUGGGCAGCAACAACUCCAGGCCCAGCAUUUAUCACAUGGACAUGGUCUCCCAGUGCCUCUCACUCCGCACCCUUCAGGCUUGCAGCCUCCAGCCAUCCCACCAAUUGGCAGCAGUGCUGGGCUCCUAGCCCUAUCCAGCGCACUGGGCGGACAGUCCCACCUGCCAAUAAAAGAUGAAAAGAAGCAUCAUGAAAAUGAUCAUCAAAGAGACAGAGACUCCAUAAAGGAUUGUGACUCUUGGCAAUGUGCAGGACAAAGUGGAAGGAUUUGCAGCAGUGAGGUUCCUGAACUGGGGUGGGGUUUUAGACAGCACGCAUACCCCUUUUUUGGCAACAGAGCACCUUGCCACAGAAUGCAUCAACUGCAAGGGCUACAUUCAUGUCCAUUUUACCUACACAUACAGCAACCGUGGCUCUCUCAGAGCUCUUCUGUGUCUCCAUCAGCUAGCUUCAGAACAGCAGAGAAGCAUAGGAACUCGACAGAUUACUCGUCAGAUAGCAAAAAGCAGAAAACAGAAGAGAAAGAAAUAGCAACUCGUUAUGACAGUGAUGGUGAAAAGAGUGAUGAUAACUUGGUGGUUGAUGUUUCCAAUGAGGAUCCUUCUUCCCCUCGAGGGAGUCCAGCACAUUCUCCAAGAGAGAAUGGCUUGGACAAGACCCGACUGCUUAAGAAAGAUGCACCGAUUAGCCCAGCCUCUAUUGCAUCUUCUAGCAGUACUCCUUCCUCAAAAUCCAAAGAACUUAGCCUUAAUGAGAAAUCUACCACUCCUGUGUCUAAAUCAAAUACCCCAACUCCACGGACUGAUGCUCCAACUCCAGGCAGCAAUUCUACUCCUGGAUUAAGGACCGUGCCUGGCAAACCACCGGGAGUCGACCCAUUAGCUUCCGGUCUAAGGACCCCGAUGGCGGUACCAUGUCCCUAUCCUGCUCCCUUUGGAAUUGUACCACAUGCUGGAAUGAAUGGGGAGCUGACCAGUCCAGGAGCUGCGUAUGCUGGGCUGCAUAAUAUUUCCCCUCAAAUGAGUGCAGCAGCUGCAGCAGCAGCAGCGGCAGCAGCUUACGGGAGGUCUCCAGUGGUUGGUUUUGAUCCACAUCAUCACAUGCGAGUCCCAGGCAUCCCUCCCAAUCUGACAGGCAUCCCAGGAGGAAAACCAGCUUAUUCAUUUCAUGUAAGUGCAGAUGGUCAGAUGCAACCUGUACCUUUCCCUCCUGAUGCCCUCAUUGGACCAGGAAUUCCUCGUCAUGCUCGUCAGAUCAACACUCUGAAUCACGGGGAAGUAGUGUGUGCAGUUACCAUCAGCAACCCCACAAGACACGUGUAUACUGGUGGAAAGGGAUGUGUCAAAGUCUGGGACAUCAGCCACCCAGGGAACAAGAGCCCUGUCUCUCAGCUAGACUGCCUUAACAGAGAUAACUACAUCCGUUCCUGCAGAUUGCUUCCAGACGGCCGCACCCUGAUUGUCGGUGGGGAAGCCAGCACGUUAUCCAUUUGGGACCUGGCAGCUCCUACCCCACGUAUAAAAGCAGAGCUGACAUCUUCUGCCCCAGCCUGCUACGCUCUGGCUAUCAGCCCCGAUUCCAAGGUCUGCUUCUCCUGCUGUAGCGAUGGGAACAUUGCAGUGUGGGAUCUACACAACCAGACAUUAGUCAGACAAUUCCAGGGCCACACAGAUGGAGCCAGCUGUAUUGACAUUUCUAAUGAUGGUACCAAGCUCUGGACGGGAGGUUUGGACAAUACCGUCAGAUCCUGGGAUCUCAGAGAAGGAAGACAGCUACAACAGCAUGAUUUCACAUCACAGAUCUUCUCACUGGGUUAUUGUCCAACUGGUGAAUGGUUGGCAGUAGGAAUGGAGAACAGUAAUGUUGAGGUGUUGCAUGUUACUAAACCAGACAAGUAUCAACUGCAUCUUCACGAGAGCUGUGUGUUGUCACUCAAAUUUGCUCACUGUGGCAAAUGGUUUGUAAGCACUGGAAAAGAUAAUCUUCUUAAUGCCUGGAGAACACCUUAUGGAGCCAGCAUAUUCCAGUCCAAAGAGUCCUCAUCUGUGCUUAGCUGUGAUAUCUCUGUGGAUGACAAAUACAUUGUCACUGGCUCUGGGGACAAGAAGGCUACAGUCUAUGAAGUUAUUUAUUAGAGACAAAGCUGAAUGCAAACAGGACUCCUCCUCCUAGCACUUUGCUGUAUAUUCCUUUUUUUUCCUUUCCAAACUGAGGACUUACAAUGCUCAUCACAGUUGUGGAGUUCAUUUUUUCCCCAUCUAACUUGCUAUUGAAUUGUGAAUGCUCAUUAAGAACUUUGAUACCAAACUUAAGAUAUCUACUUGGAAGAAGAGGGGAUAAGCAUACUUAACACUGAACUGAUUCUCUAAUUAUGUAUUAUAGCUGUAAUGUAUUUAUUUUGUUUAAAGAAGGCUUUCUAACAAUGAACUGACUAAAUAAAGCUGUCUGCCCCUGCCUUGGUUUGAAAGAGAGAAAUACAGUAACUUGCCUCAAAGAGCCAACUUUAUCUCUUCUGGAUAUUUUUGCCACAUUUCUUUGUGAAGGGAGAUGUGCGUCUUUCAGCAAUUUUGCGGUUACAAGAGAUUACAGAAAAUAUUUGCUAUGUUCAUUGGAAACUGCACUGAAAUGAGAAUGGAUUCCUACCAAUGUACAGACUACAAAAGCAAGGACCUCAGAGGUAGGAUUUACAAGAGCACUCAUUCUGAAGUUCAGAAAAGAAUGGAUUCUUACUUGGGAGAAGGACUUGCUUUAUUUGCCACCCGUUCUAUCCAAGUCUUAGUUGGAUGUCCCUGAAAUGAACACAGGCUGUGCCAUUGUGCCAGAGACAUUGUGUUAUCUUUUUAUGUUGUUGUUGCUGUUAAACUAUGAUCUGUGACUUUUUUUUGAAUGCUUUUAAAAAAAAAAAAUCUUUAAGUCUGUGGAUCUGCUGAUGUACAGUGCCUUUGCUGCUAUGGAUCAAAAUCAAAAGAACGGUGUAGAUAAAUCUUAUUGUAUAAGUAGAAAAUUACUUAAUUUCAUACUAGAAAUGGAUUGAUGCUGCAAGUUGAAAUGGACUGUUCAUUGAAGUUCCAAAUGUGGUAGCAAAAAAUAGUGUCUUAAGUGCUUAGUGUUUGAUGUCAUUAACAGUUUCGUAAUACUCUACAGUGUAGAAAGAUUUUGAUACUAAACUGUGUCAUUGUACAUAGUUCUAAUGCAUUGUAUUGACCACCAGUACUUCUAUAAUGGUAGAUUAUUGUUUGUGCAUUCAGACUUUUAAGCAUUAAACAUAAGUAACUUCUA